GUUUGAUGAGGCGCACGCUCCGCUCCGCAGCUGGACUCCUCGGUCACUCCCCCGCCCGGGUCCAUCCUUCAAGAGCCGCCUGCCCGCCGCCCGCCGCUCCAACGUGGAGGGAAGGACACGGAGAGGCUCUAUUGUUAGUUCGGCUCGAAAUUUACGUCUCGGUCGACAUAUUUAGUGCGUCGCCGGGGCCGAAAGGGAGGGACUGUUUGUUUCUCCCGGAGUCUUCAAGAGCGGAGUCGACGGUUGAAAGGACUUUGAAGUAUUGGGAAGCUGGCUACUCAAGACAGGUGUGAGCCCCAGACUGAGUUAACAGCAGCAACAUUGGCAUCCACACCUUAGGAGGAGGGGAUGAAACCGGAUGGGGUUACCAUGGAAACCACAGAGCCAACUGAAGCUGCAGCUGCAGCAGCAGAGCCCUCCUCAAUACAGGGCAAUGUAACAGAGCAAGCCCCAUCUCAACCAGAGGAAGCAACAAAUGAUGCAGCACCUAGCUCUGCUCCAAAGGCCAAUGGCAAGCCAGUGGGAGCUGACCCCAAAGUCAAACCAAAAGCUGCUGGAACUAAAACACAUCCCACAGCCAAAUCUGCAGGGGUCUCAGGAUCUAGCUCACGGCCAGGUGCUGCCUCACACCGCACGAUGACUGACGUCAGACCUGCUAACAACGCUUCUGCAGCUGCAGGCAAGAAAACUGCAACAACAACUGCAUCAAAAUCAGCAGCAGCAGCAGGAGCUGUACCUAAAAGACCACUGGGUGCAUCAGCAGUUUCUACCGCGACCAAGAACCAAACUAGAGCGCCUGACAAGAAGUCUGCUGGACCUGCCAGGACUACCUCUGCUGCUGCUGCUGCUACAGGAACAAAUGGUACCAAAACAGCAGGCAAUGGCGCUCUUAAAAAGAGACCAGCAGCUGAGACUGUGACUGUCGCAAGACCCAAAACCACAGCUGCUGCCAGCAGGACAGUGGCUUCUACAGCUCCAAGACCCAACACUUCAACCACAACUAAAGCUGGUGGUGGUGCUACAUCAAAAACCACAAGGCCUGCUACAGGUCCCUCCACAACUCGACCUGCAUCCACCAUAUCUAGGCCCACGACGGGAGUAACCAAACCCUCCACUACUGCAACUACCAAAGCCGCAGCUUCCAGAGUUACCACAGCGCCAUCUACUGGCAGGGCCACAGCAGCACAGCCUCUGAAAACUGCUGCUGCUAAGAAAGAUGUCAGUCGACCACCAUCUACUGCAGAGGCCAAGAAAUCCACGACUGCUACAGCAUCAGCUGCUGCCAAAAAACCUGAAACCUCUAAACCCAUGGCCAGUGGAAAAGUCAACUCUGUAUCCAAAUGGUCCACAACAACGAAGCCAGUUGAUACUAAAUUGUCACAGCCCAAACCUCAGCAGCCUGCAAAGCCUACUCCCACAAAGAAGUCUGCUGCUGCUGUACGAUUGAAUGCAGGUGCCACAUCGUCCCUUGGCCGAACCCUACCUGCCUCUCCAGCCAACAGACCUACAAACAGUAGCACCUCUCAGACAAAACGUGGAACCAAACCCACUCAGACUGUCCCACCUUUCAGUGCUACCAAGAAGAUAGAAGUUUCAAAUGCUAUAGCGCCUACUGUUGAAACACAAAGUGCAGCUGGAGCUGUGGCAGCUGCUGGAGCUGUUAUAGCAGCUGUCACAACAGCAGCUGUGCUAGCUGAAACACAGACUGCAGGGGCCUUACCACAGGGAUCAUCCCUUGCUGCAUCUGUACCAGAGGAGGUCUCUACCCCAGUCUUGGCUCAGGUUACUACAGCAGAGGUGGCAUCUCAAGAGCCUCCUCAAAGCCAUGAAGUGACUCCCUCUCCUCUUCCAAGCCCUGUUAGGACAACCUUGCCGCAAACAUCUCCAUCAAAGGAACAGCUGGAAAGCAGUGCUCCUUUACUAACGACAUUGGAACAGAGCCCUGCCCCAGCUAGGCCUCCAUUAGCACACGGGUCCUCCCCGCCAGACCUGUCAGAGGAAACUGUUUACUUGGCAACUGACCAUACCCCCUCAGCAUCUGCACCCCUUCCAGCAGCAGCAAACUCUGUCCCUCAAAUUGUUCCUUCAUCCAAUCUAAAUGAGGAGGAAGAUGAAGAAGAGCGUGAGGGAAGCCAGCUGGUUUCUGUGUCUGAAAUGAGUGGAACCACACAACCCACAGAGGAUUCUCGUCCUGGAUCAGCAGGGCCAGUAGGGGGAUCUGCCUGGAGAGCUGGUGGUGCCUUGCUCUCUGAGCUGGACUCUGAGGAGGUAAGCGGCAGCCAGCAAGGUGCAUCUGAACUUAGUGCCCCAGGGGUCCUGGAGGGCACAGAGAGCAUGGAUGAUCUGGGAGAUGCCAGUCUUAAAGGAGGAAUUGACAUGGAAGGAGCCUCAGCAGGUUCACCUGACUUUGAGAAGGUUCCUGACAUACCAGUUAAUGACUUUGAUGAGGACGACGAGGAUGAGGAUGACAAUGAUCGGGUCUGUGACAUGGAUGUAGGCUCAGAGCGGACAGAUGAACCACACAGACCAAGGCAUGACAAUGAUGUGGAUGAUGAGGAGGAUGAUGACGUGGAAAUGGCAAGUGAGGGGGUGACAGAGAGUGGGUUAGAAAGCUAUGGGAAUGCAGAUGAGGACGACUUUGCUGAGGAUGAAAGGCUGGACAACUUGAACAGGAUGGCCCAGCUGCCCCCUCCACCACCUCUGCUGCCCUCUGCCCCAUCUGCUCAGUGGGACCAACCAAACCCAUUUGCUGAUCCAUGGGCAGAACCUCUGGUGCCUGUCCAGGUGGCAGGAGCAGCUGCAGCAAGCCCUUUGGCAGACCCCUGGCAAGCAGACUCUGAGACCCCAACUCAGAUGCCAGCCCAAGCCUGGUUAGAACUAGGAUCAGAUCCUUGUGUUCCUGAAAGCCAAGAAGCACCCCCUCAUUCCUCUGUUAAAGGUGAGCCACAAAAUUCAGAGACCCAUAUUUUCAACAAUCUAUCAAGCCCAGCUCCAGGGAAGGCCCUGGCUCCAGCACCCCUCUCUGCACCAGGAAUGUCUCUGUCAAGCACACUGAGCAGUGAGACCAGCACACCUGAGGAACUGGGUGACUACAGUCGAGACGGAAAGCUCCAUCCUCAAGCUAUGCAAGCUCCACUGCUUUCCCCCCAGCCUGACCUAGACUACCAAGACCUGGGUAUUCAUUUAGAGAGAGGAGACAGGGAAGGAGAAGAGGAGCCUGAGCCAGACACCCUGCCGGCUGAUGAAGUCCUGGAAGGCUCUGCAACUGCCCCCACGUCAAACCCUUCCUCAUCCUCGGUAACAGAAGACGAGGCCAGUGACACAGAAGGAGAGGCUCAACUGGAGGAUUCCUUGGAGAUUCCACCUGUCAAGAACACAACCUUCGACAACCAACCUCCAGCCCAGCGCUGCCUGUCCACUGUGGAAGAAGGAGAGGAGGCUGAGAUGGAGGAGGUGGAGGGUGGCAUAGGUGAAGACACAACUCCACCUUCAGCUACCUCAUUGGCAUCCUAUGGCUUUGACACCAUAACCACAGCUUCGAGCUCCAAUGCCCAGUCCACAGGGGAGAGCUGCAUCAAAAGCCCUGGCAUCUUCUCCUUGGAGGAGCUACCUGAAGAAGCGAAGCUGCCCUGUUUAAGCCCACAACCUCACACCCAGUCGUGUCUCUCAGAGCAGAAGUACAUCGAGUCUGGGAAGCAAGAAGUAGAGUCAGCUGAGCAUGUUAGGGAGGAAGUGCCGGGGUCAGAAGAAGCUCCAGAUCCUUUAUCAACUUCGAGCAAUUUGCAGCAACCUGAGGAAAACCCAGACGACACUCAGCCUCCCUACUAUUCCACUACUUGUGAAAAGACUGAGGACUCUUGUGCAGGCUUUACUGCACUACCGCACCCUCACCACCGUGAUCACGCAACAUACCCCAGAACCUACUACGACCUCGUCAAACCUCACAGCACUGCCACCACUCCGCCCAAGCUGACCUGUGCCGACCUUCCACCCAGAAGCCCCGGCCAGCAGGCGCUGAGCCCUCAACUCCGCAGGCUUGAGCAACAUCAGAGACAACUGCUGGAGAUGCAGCAACGUAGGGAGCAACAGAGCAGACCCCUGGAGGAGGCAGAGCAAGAGAGGAAGAGGAGGGAGGAAGAGGAGCAGAGGAAGAAGAAAGAGGAAGCCGAAGAAGAAAUAAAGAGAAAUGAGGAAGAGGAAGAGAGGAAGACGAAGGAGCAGGCCGAGGCAACAAAGAAGAAAGAGGAGGAGCUUAAGCAAAGGAGAGAUCUUGAACUGCAACUGCAGCAGCAACAACAGGAACUGAAGCAAAGACAGCAAAUCAUGCAGUGGCAACAAGAGUUGCAACAGUCUAAUAAAGGCCAGACAGUGCUGCUGUCUCCUUCUUCUGGCCUCUGCACCAUCUACGAAGCCCUGGAGAACAGUGAUGAAGAAGAUCCUGAAGGUGAGGAAGAGGAAAUGAAUGAGCUGAACCCCAUUAAAGAUAAAGCGCCUAAGCCAGAUGCACCAUAUGAGAAGAUAAGCGAAAGCUGUGACAGGGUGACGUCAAAUGACGACACACAUCAAGACUCUUCAUUGUCUGACAGUCCCCCACCUCUUCCAGACUCCCCUCAGUCAUCCAGCAACCCCUCCCAGGAUGGUGACAGCUCCUCCUCUUGUCCUCCUGAGUCUCCAGACCGACCUCCACCCCUGGACCUGGACUGGGGCAAGAAAGUGGACAUAGUGCAGCAGCUGAUCAAUCAGACCUUGUUGCUGAAUGGCGAUGGUUGCUCCUCCCUGCUGCUGCUGCCAGGAGGUGCAGGAGGGACACUGAGCCCCCUGGAGAGCAGCCUGUGGCCCAGCUUACUUCCUCCACUCACCCCUCCUUCUGCCACUGUCACCUCUGUCAGUAGUUUUUCUCCAGAGGCCACUGGCAGCUCCCCACAGGGAGAGUGGACAGUGGUGGAGCUGGAGACGCAUCACUAAGGGAUGAUGGUGUGUGAUUUCACUCACACACUUUGGCAGAACUGCAGAUGUGUUUAAACUUUAACAACACUCAUCGGGAAAAAUGACACAAGUGCUGUCUUGUUAUGCACACACUCAUGGGAAUUUAAGAUGGGGACAGACACACAAACAGGGUAAUAUAAAACAUGUAUGCAGAGUAGAACACUUUACUGCUACUAUACACACACUUAAAACAAAUACUAUGUACUCUUACUUACAGCUGUAUCGACUUAGGUAAACAUUUUGGCUGAGUAAUGUGUCAAAAACUGCAAUAACUAGAAACAAUCCUUUGACAAUAUCACCAUCUGUUAAAGAACUAGAUAAUUUAUUUGAUGUUCAUGACGUACCAAAUAGUAAGCAUUCGCUUUAAACUGUACUAUAGUUCAGUGCCUGUGUACACAGUAGAGUCAGAACGAUAAACCAUAAAUUGUACUACUCUGCUACUGCUCAGCCCUGUAGGUAAACCCAUAAACUUGGUGCUGUAGAUCAGUGGUUCCCAACCAACAAGAGAAGAGAUCACAAGAUAAUUCUGAGGGGUUGCAAUAAGAGAUGUUUUUUUUUCUCAAGUAAACUAUUAAACUUUUUCUGACUUCUUCACUCCAGUGGGUUUUCCCUUUGGACUGCUGAAUAAAAUCUACCUAUAAGGGCUUUUAAACAGUAUCUAAAUGGUUGAAACACUUAGAUCCCGUAGAUAAAUGCAACCUGUGACUAAUGGUCAUAAAUGGAUACCAUCUUUCUUUUUAGGAGAAAUGAGUCCAAAAUGUUGGGAAUCACUGCUAUACAUACAUUUGAGAGAUACUAGGCUUUUCUAAUUGUACUGUGAAACAAGCACAUACAACACAGAUACUAAUGCUUGAUGGUGCUCAUUUGAAUUGUGUGCUGAUUCUGCAAGCAUGUAUGCUGUUUAUUGAUGAAAAAAAAAAGGUAAUAGACUUUGUUGCCCUGAAUUUAGACUCUCAGGCAGUUAUUACUCCCCAUCAAUUUGCUAAUAUUAGGCUAAAUGUUGCUUUAAAUCCUUGUAGUAUGUUAAUCAUUAUGCACCAAAGUGACCAGUAUUCAAUGUUAACUUAAAGAUUAAAAAUGUAAAAAAAAAAAAAAAACGAAAGUGUCAAUACUCCCAAAAUUACGGUGGCGGUGAUGAUAGUUGUACCCCGCCCUGGUUCUGUAUUAGUUAAUUUUACCAGCAUAGAGAAAUCUGCCUGCUGAAUCAAUAUAUUUAAUUAAUGUAAACUAAAAACCACCCAACAACCAAGAGCAGGACCUCGAUGUCCUCGGUGUAAUGCUGCCUAGGAGUCUAUUCAGCAACAGAAAGUCUGUGAUGCUGCCAGUGAAGAACCUGGAUGGAGAAUACAAACACAACAUGACGCCACACUCCGAAACUCAGCACCUCACACUUAAUAUCCUACACACACACCACUGCAAGCACAAACCUUACAGGCUGCAAUAAUCCCACACACCUGAACCCAUGCUAUCACUGACAGAAUCCCAUGAUGCACCCCUGCUACUGACUGACAGGGUGGAACUGGACACAUUUGCUGUGUCUCUGUGCCAUGUGUGGUCACACAAACCGACGGUGCCAAAUGGUCACUAUCAAGCCGAGUACGGUAAACCGGCCGAGUUCCUCACCUGCGCCCCUUUUUAAUUGAAGCCAUACGUGUUUGUUUAUACAUGUGUACAUGCAUCCUCAUCACCUUAUUUACAAGUGAGAAUACACUGGAGAUGUCUUGCUAUUGAAUGGUGAUAAAAGGUCACCGGUUCCUGGCUGCCUACGAGAUUGCACUUAAUCAAAUACUGCAGUGUUGUAAUUUCUAUCAAUUCAAAUUAGCUGAUUAUAGAGGCCUUGGCAGUCCCUGCUGUUGUCCUCGUGUCCCGGUGUAAUUUGUUUGCAAACUGAUGUCAAAGAAAUUAGAAGACUAGAAAUGAAGGAAAUGAUCUCAGUUUGAGCUGUUUGGGUCUCACAGCUCUUUACCAAAGGUCAAUAUGAUGUGUAAUUUGCGUUUCCCUUUGAAACACUGGAGUCAGGUACUAAUGAGGUUAUGGUUAUCGAAUAGAAUUGUGUUUAUAGUAGAUGAAAUGGGUUAGUAUUUAAAUAAAUACUGCUGAAGGUUACUUUAUGCAGAAAUAGGGUUGUAAAGUCAACGUCACUGAUGUUAUGACGCUGGUCAUGUCCUGUACACACACUGUAAUUUUACGUUUAUCUCUGGGUUUUAACCGACACUGCUGUGAAAGUUAGGGAUCACUUUAUUGUGGAAGAAGAAGUUUAAAAGGGUAGGAAUGCUGGGAAGGGGCUUGAUAUGAGGUUAUUCUGGAUAUUGACUCUGUAUUGUUGAGACUGUUGAGCUACAGUAGGAGGAAUGCGUGUCCUACUGGUUGUAAGCGUUCAUCUGUGCUGUAUGUCGAUGUGCUGCGGUGUGGAUACUGUGUAUUUGUCAGUGCUGCUUAAAGCAGCCGCAUUUCUUUGGAUGAAGUUGAGGGAAAACUUUUAUGCUGAUUUUUCUCGUGAGAUCACUGACACUUAUUUGCCCUCAUGUCUGCUUGAAUCUGUUUUGCGUGUUGUUGGCCUGCUGCUUCAUCCUCUAGGGUUUAACGGCAUAAAGACUGAAUUGUUUGACAAGAGAAUCGAAAGCAGUGAUCCGAGUAUUAAACUGGAGACAUUUGGCAUCCAGUAUUUAUAUCAUUUGACUCGUAUGACAAAUUUUUGCUCUUUCCCAUGAUCAGAUCCAGCAAAAAAGAAAAAAAUAAUCCUCUUUGUGAGCUUGUCCAUUGUUGAAGCUUAUGUGGAGCAGCUAAGAAGCAACCGGGUGUUAAUGUACGUUUGCAUUCCUGUACGUCCAGACGGGACACUUAAUGCUCACAGCAUUUUAAAAUGUCCUUUCUUAAACAUGUUUGUGUCGUGUUUUGUAAGUUUUUGUGGGUAUAUUGUCUAAAGACUGAACACUGUAAUGAAGGGAAGCUUCACUCUACUUUUAUACUUCAGAGUUUUAGAAGUAUAGUAGCCAUUUCAGAUGUGUAUAUAUAGAUUUUUUUUUAUUGAAUAGAGAUUGAAGGACAUUGGGUGUAAAUGGUAGAUUUUAUUCUGUCAGUAAAUUGCCUUUUUUCAUGUCCAGUCAACACAACUGAUGAGCCGAAUGGUUACAAGGUCAAAGUGAACACAGUAGGCCGAACUCGGAGUGAACAAAUUUCAUUUGUUACUUGGGCUCUGAGUUCUUAAACCUCUCAUUUGAAUAUUAAUUUAUUGAAAGUGAUGUGAGGCCUGCGUGUACUCAUUUAAAUGUCUUGAUGAACCUGUUGAAGUAAAUCGGGCAGUGUUACUCAAGGCCCAAAUCAUGGCAGCUUGUUCUAAAAUGUCCUUGUUUAUUUUCUGAUAGACACAUCUGUGAUUGUGUGUAAUUAUUUUAAUGCAAUGUUUCAUGUAAAUAAAAUGAUUUUUAAUAACA